CACAGCUGUGAGAAGGCGGCUCACGGCGACCGGAGGGGCGAGGAGGCAGCGCCUGAGAGCCUCGGCAUAGUGUACAGGUCCACCCGCUCGGCGAAGCCUGUGGGGCCGGAGGACAUGGGGGCCACCGCUGACUUCGAGCGGGACACCGAGAAGGAGUACCAUACGCAGACCAUCUUCAAACGCAGCCAGCGGGUCCAGGAGGCAUUGUGGGGCCGGGAGCACGACCAGAUCUACCGGGGAAUCAACAGCUACCCGAGGUACCUGAAGCCCAGGGACACGUCCAUGGGCAACUCCUUCUCGGGGAUGGCGAGGAAGGGCCCCAUCCGUGCGCCCGGGCACCUGCGCGCCACUGUGCGCUGGGAUUACCAGCCCGACAUCUGCAAGGACUACAAGGAGACCGGUUUCUGCGGCUUCGGGGACAGCUGCAAAUUCCUCCACGACCGUUCCGAUUACAAACACGGGUGGGAGAUUGAACGGGAGCUUGAAGAGGGUCGCUACGGUAUCUGCCAGGAUGAAAACCAUGAAGUAGAAAGCGAGGAAGAGGAAAUACCAUUCAGGUGUUUCCUAUGUCGCCAGGCCUUCCAAAACCCAGUCGUCACCAAGUGCAGGCAUUACUUCUGCGAAAGCUGCGCGCUGGAGCAUUUCCGGGCCACCCCGCGCUGCUACGUCUGUGACCAGUCAACCGGUGGCAUCUUUAACCCCGCCAAAGAACUGAUGGCAAAACUGCAGAAGCUUCGGGUUGCGGAAGGUGGGAGCAAUUCCCAUUUCACAGAAGACCCAGGUGAGGGUCCAAUUCCCAUGGCUUAG